AUGAGGCUCCCAAUUCUUCUCGUCGCUUUGAUUUCGACAACGUUGGCGCAACAGCAGAACGUUCAGCGUACCGCGCGUACCUCUUCGGCACAAAUCAAGUACAGCGACCCCAAUGGCUUGAAGGUCGACUGGAAGCAGUUUGCCCCCCAGAACCAAUGGCGCUCCCACUUGGAGAACUCGCGCCGCUAUCAGCGUGGACAGUCUGAGCUUGUUCAUCCUCAGCGGCCAGGGCAGAUCCAGCAUCAGUCUCAGUUGUUGCAGGUGCAGCAAGAGUACGACAGGAGUCAAUACAAACAGUACACGCAACCUCAGUCUGCAGGGGAACAGGAUCCAAAUCAAAUACAGUACAGGGAGUACCAGCAAGCACAGUCGCCUGAGGUGCAACAGGAACCAAAUCAGAUACAGUACAAGACCUAUCAGCAAGCUCAACCGCAAUUGGAGUCUCAGAUACAGUACAAAGCGUAUCCGCAAACUCAAUCUCAACUGGAAGCACAAUCGGAGCCUAAUCAGAUACAGUACAAGCAGUUCCCGGAGGCGCUGGUCCAAGCGAAACAGGCGAUCCUGGAGAACUUCAAGCCCCAACGUUCCUAUCCUGAUCAAUCGCCUGUCCUCUACGCCGGACCCCAGCAACACGAACAGCAAUCGUCGAACACAGAGAUCGCUAAUUAUGAACAGCUAUCGAACAGCUACGAGCAAGCAGAACAGCACAAGUCUAGACGAGAGUACUCUGACAGAGGACUCCAGGGCAGAAUCGUGUACAAGGACGACUACAAUCAACCCGAGCAGCCACAAGCGGCACAGCAGGAGUACGUGUCGGUACCGUACGAGAGGAUACCCGAUCCACCAAAUCCGAAACUGUUCCUCAAUAAGAACAUGCCCAGGGAGAUCCAGGAGCUGCUGAAGUUCCAGGCCCAGUUGCCUUACAACGUUAUUGCAAACAGCAUCACACAUCAGCCAAAAGCGGUGUUCGUCCCUCAGCCUUUGCCUGAGAACGCAAGGUCGUCACGUUACACCAGCAAGGUUUAUUAUUUGAACAAUGGCCGAUACGAACCGGAAUUCGAGUCCACCAAGCCCGUACAGGAGUAUCAGAGGCAUUGA